AUGCAACCAGUUUUUAGGAAUAUAAAGUUUGUUGAAUUAAAUCCAAAAACGAUUCCAAAAUUGGAAAUUCCAUGCUUUGAAUAUGUUUCCAUAAAAUUAUCAUUAUUAAAAAAAGAUGACACAUUUAAUGUUUACUUGAUGGUUUUGCCUUCUGUUGAAGUAAAAGAUGAUGAAAUUGGAUUACCUAAUUGGAUAAGUAAAUUUUUAGAUUUAUAUGAUCCAAAAAUAAAUCAUAAUAAUGUUAAAAAAGAAAAUUGUUUGAAAUUUGAUCAUAUUAAGUUUAAUGAUUUUAUGAUUCCUGAUAAAAUAAUUAUAACUAAAUUGAUUGGUAAAGUUUGGUUACCUAAAUUUCUGAAACAAGAAGAUUCAUCAAGAACAAAUAAUUUAUUAUUGGAUUAUGAAGAAAUAAUUAAAAGAAACCUUGAUGGAACUUUGGUUUAUUUAGAUUUAUUAAGUAAUAAAGUUAAUGAUGAGGAUGAAAGUUCAAGUGACAUCGAUGGUGGAUGGAAAUCAAGAAUUAUUAAUUCAUUAAUAAAGGAAAUUCAAAAUAUUAAUGAAACUGAUAAAAUGACAAAUGGAUAUGUUUCAGAAGAUAUUUAUAAUUUAUGUAGAUUAACUUUAAUGCAUUCAUUAAAUAAUCAGACUAAUAAUGAUGGUGAGAAUGAGGAUGUAAAUAAUAUUAUCAAUAAUAUGUCAAAAAUUAACAUUAAUGCUGGUGGUAAUAAUAAAAAUUUCAAGAUUGAUUGGGAAGAUUUUAAUUAUGGAUUAUCAAUGAUGAAGCCUUUGGGAAAAUUUGGUACUGAUAAAAUUCCAAUUAAUCUAAAUUUGAAUGAUGAUAUUGGAGGUUAUGAAGCUAUCAAGAAAAAAUUGAUUAAAAUAAUUGAAUUUUCUUUGAUAAAUAAUGGCAAAAAUGAUGGUAACUACAAUUUAUUAGGCGUGAGGCCAUUAACUGGUUUAUUACUUUAUGGUCCAUCAGGAUGUGGAAAAACUAUUUUAAUUCAAACAAUUGCAAAAGAAUUAAAUAUUAAUCUUAUUUAUAUAAAAAGUCCAGAAAUCUAUUCAAAAUAUUUAGGCGAAACUGAAAAAUUUUUAAGAAAUUUAUUUAAAAAAUCAAAACAAAUUUCUUGCAUAAUAUUUUUUGAUGAAAUCGAUUCAAUUGGAACUAAAAGAGAUUGGGAAUCAAAUGAAAGUUCAGUUGGAAUAAAUGAGAGAGUAUUAUCAACUUUAUUAAAUGAAAUUGAUGGCAUACAAGAAUUAAAAAAUGUUUUGAUAAUUGGUUGUACAAAUAACCCAGAACAAUUAGAUGAUGCUUUAAUUAGACCAGAUGAUAGAUUGAAUAUAUUGAAAGUUUUGUCUAGAAAAUUUUCAUUAGGUGAAGAUGUUGAUCUAAAAAAAUUGGCUGAAUUAACUGAAAGAUUUAGUGGUGCAGAUUUGGAAAAAUUAUUUAGGUAG